UUCCCACAAAGUGAAUUCGGAUGGUGAAAAAUUGAAAUGGGACCGACAUUUAGGAUAUUAUCAAGUAACGGCUAGUAUCUUGACACGAUAGGAGAAUAUGUCUUCCCUAUGCGAAAUGUCGGCAGCAGGUACGGUGGUUGCAACUUACAACUAUGGGCACUAACGUAGACUACCAACAUUCCUCAUCCCCAGCUGCUGUUGCUGCGGCUGACUUUCCCUUGUUAAAAAACAUACACGUCUUGUAUUGAUUACUUUUCACCGAUUUUUAAAGGUAUUAACUUGGCUCUCAUAAACGGGAUAGGAUCCUCUCCGGAUCCUCCGGAUCUUUCUUCUUCUUCUUUCAUCUCUUCAGUUUUGCUUCUGCUUCCUCUCGUUCUUCAAUCUUCUUCUUCUUCAUUUUUUCUGCUUGUUUCUGGGGAACUUCUACGCAUUCUAUUUUUCAGAAUGACGAGCGGAGUUCGUCGUUCCAGACGACUAUGACGUUGCUGGUUACCAGCGCCGGGGAAGCUACCACGCCGACUUCGGGGAAGCAAGGAUGCCAACUUGGACUGUAAAGAAGAAGGAUCCGGAUGGGUAUGCUCCGGAGACGAUCCUAUCCCCUCAUAAACAAGAGGAUUUCCUCUCCAACUCACUAUUUAACUGAUUUAGGGUCAGCAGCUGCCAACAAAUAUGGAGGACUUGCGCCAAAGAAGAAGCCUUUGAUUUCAAAGGAUCAUGAACGUGCCUUCUUUGAUUCAGCAGAUUGGGCACUCUGCAAGCAAGGUGCAGGGGUGAAUCCAAAAUCAACAGCAGCAGUGGAGACCUUACAACCAAAGCUUCAGAGAACUCCACACCAGCAGCUCCCCCCAAGGAGACCUGCUUGUACAUCUGGCCAUGAAUGAUAUACAGCCUCGGAGCAUAGAGUCGUCGAGGGCUCAAAGUAGUUUGUUGUUUGAGAGGAUUAAUGUUGAUGACAAAGCUCCAUAUAUAUAAUUAAGCAUCGAAAUUGGCUGAAUGUAAUAAUUGUCAGUUAGCUUUUUUUCUUUUUUUUAAUAAGAGUAGUUCUCUCUAAA